AUGCUUGACCGGUGGCAAAUUGAUGUGAUUCCGAGUGACAAAGAGGAGAACGGAGACCCUGUCCCAUACAGCAUCAUCAACAACUAUUUUUCCAUAGGGGUGUGUGAUGGAACAGUUCUGGAUUUGAGCAGCACUUCAUUGGAGGGCAUUGCAGUCCUCAACAUUCCCAGCAUGUAUGGAGGCUCCAACCUCUGGGGGGAAACCAAGAAACAACGCAGCUAUAACCGGAUGAGCAAGAAGGUGCCUGAAAAGUUACAAUCCUCAGUUGUUACGGAUGCUAAAGAGCUAAAGUUCUGUGUUCAAGACCUUAGUGAUCAGCUUCUGGAAGUUGUGGGGCUUGAAGGGGCUAUGGAAAUGGGACAGAUCUAUACUGGACUGAAAAGUGCUGGCAAGAGGCUGGCCCAGUGUUCCUCCGUCACCAUCAGGACAAUCAAGCUGUUACCCAUGCAAGUGGAUGGAGAGCCCUGGAUGCAGCCCCCCUGCACGAUUAAAAUUACCCACCAAAGCCAAGUGCCAAUGUUGCUCGGCCCUCCCCAAAAGACCAGCUUCUUCUUUUUCAGGAGAAGAAACCGAACUCGAGAUUAAUCUGCAACCAAAGAAUACCCUUCAAAACAGCCAUUCUCUGCGCCAAUGGCAACCUCACAGGGAAAGCCUUCGAAAAAGAAACCUUCAUCCUUUCAGAUUUCCUGGCUUCAGUAUCUGCUUUGGAAACUUCAAUCUGGAGGCAGCAUUAUGAACUGUUAGUGGAAAAUAACAGGGUUGGCAUUCGGUAGUCAAACUGAAAUAGCGGUGUGGGUUUGUAUAUACAUGCACAUAUAUCCACAUUUUCUAAAUAUCACUGGCAGGGAUAACACUAACAUUGGUGGUUUGGGAGGAUUUUUCCCCUUCUCACGAUGCCACAGUUCAAGGAGGGGAAACGUUUAACUGCUCUGGUUGGGCUGUGGUGAAACUCGGGCCUUUUUGGAGGAAAGCUGUUCUGGACAGCCAUUAAUUAUGCAGCCCUGUCAGAAAGCAAACAAACAGACAUGGAAACAACAUGUCUGACCUAGUGAUGUUGAUGGGAUUUGGGAUCUUUUCCAUUUGUUUGGACACUUUAGAACCCCAGAAGUUGCCGUUGAUCCACUGAACUAGGCAAGAAACCAAGCCUCAUUUAUUUAUUUUGCAAAAUAUGUCAGAAGACGUUUUGCAUCCCACUGCACUACCUAUGUGGUCAUCACCAGGUCCCACACAUUAUUAGAAAUGUUAUUUAUUUUUACUCAGUUUAGAGAAGAUUGGGGAGACAAGAAUGGAAAGGAGGAGGUGCACCAUUUUUACAGCUCUUUCAAGAGCAACGGCCUUUGCUAGCUUGGCUGUAACUUUUUUUUAAGUAGGAACUUGUUAGGCGUUCCAUUUCAGAGGUGCAUGAAUGUAGAAAGCUAUUACUGCCAAGAGGAAACCAGAAAGAGUGAGUUAGAGAGUCAACGGCUAGAGCCUUUUUUGGAAUCAGCAAGAAAACUCAGGGUAUUUAAAAUGUAUAAAUAACCAAGCGCAGUAUGGUAAAAUGAAGAGAAAAUUUGGAGAGUCUUUGAGCUUAGAUGUUAAGACACUGUAUUAAUAUUUUUGUAUUCUUUUUCCACAUGUAGAGAUUUGUAGGGGGAGGGGCACUUCAGUCUGAACACAUUUGACAUAUGUGAAAUGUCUCAGUUUUCCUGGCAGCUUCUGUGAAGAGAGAGCUUUUCUAAACUGCCUUUCAUGGGACUGAUUUAAUCCAGUGGCAAAUAAUGUGAGUUGAGUGUUCGGUGCAUGACAAUGAACCUAGGAUCCAGCUUUGAUUCUGAAUCAAGCGCAAUUUCUACAGCAGGCAUAUGAUUGCCAUUAAAAUUGGUUUGGUCUUGUGUUUAAAGUUCAAAGGUGAAGUGAAGAAUCCUUUUUUACCCAUUUUGUUUCUUUAACACAGCAGCGUUGAAAAGAACGCUGAUUUAUUCACAGAUGCAAGAUAUGGAAACGGUUAUAAUUUGAUUUUCUAGCUCUUUUAAUUGUGCACACUGUCAAACAGAUGUUGAAAUAGUCAAAAGUACAAUGUGCCAGGGAAGCUCACCCCAAUCCAUUCUGGUCUUACAUUGACAAUAGCCUACAUACCAGCUUAGUGUAAUCAGUCAUUUGGGUUGAAAGGAAAUGAAAUCAGUUAGUAGCUUGUGACAGGCCCAUUUUUCAAAUAACUGCCAAACAGCCCUAUGAAAGAGGAUUUUUAUUACAUCAUCAAAUGAAAAAAAACUCUGGGACAGAAGAAGCUGGUCUUGUGUAAAUUUCUUUUCUUUUUGCAAGAAAGCUUUGUUGGACUUUUUCUCUGGCGGCUUUAGCCCCUGGCUUCUUAUUUCUCAGUACUGAACAUUGUAUCUCAUACAUUUUUAACCACAGAAGAAUAUGAAAGGGUUAGUUGACACUCCUUUUGCCAACACCAUAUGGAGACUCUUCAAGCACAAGGGAAUGUGAUCUCUGGUUAUUCAAAGUCAAGAAAGAACUUUGCCUAUUUAUUUAACCUACUAAAUAAGAAGAAAGGAUGUUCUCAGUCAAUGCAGUUCUUUCUGGGUGAAGUCAUCUGCCAUCACUUAGACGGAAUUACAGAAACACUCCAAAUAAGGAGAUCUAGUGGAGGCAUCCAUGACAACGUAAUAUCUCAUCAUAGAUAUCGUAUAUUGCUCUUUCAGGCUCAAUAGGAGCCGAAGCAUUUCACUUGUGUCCUAUCUAGGUUGCUGCUGUGGAUCUGAGAACACCCUGAUGCUUUUACAAGAGGGGAAUGCCACUCAUUUGAACAGUUCAUUCCACAGGAAUGCUGUUCUUUCAUACUUUGCUGCUCUGGCAGGCUAGGGACUCCGCUUAUCACUGCCGCUUCAGCUGAAGCCUGCAUGUGUGAAUGAUGAAGCAUGAGCCAUCACAGGUGGAUCACUUUGGACAGAAGUUCUGUAUCGUUCAGUUUCCAUUCAAACACGGUGUUUCCCACAGAGCCGUUUCACACAUUGUCAAAUCAUUGAGUGAUGAAAAAGCGAUGUGCAUGCCUGUGUGAACCAGUCCAACUUGUGUAAAAUACUGAUGCGGUUGCUCUGAAGUCACGUGGGGUGGCUAACUGUCUUAACUGUUGGCAUCAUUCAUAGGGGUGCUGAAUUCCUCACUGAGUGCUCAUUACUCUCAUUGCUUAUAUUCAGAAAUUAUGUCCUUGCUAUUGAAACCCAUAUGGACUAACGGCACGUCAGCCUGUGCUGUGGAGGAAAGCUGUCUGUCCAUCUCCAAAAAGCUUUCUCUGGAGGAACAACCUGACAGCCUCACAAAACACAUUCAGGAUAUGAAUAAGCCAGAACACCAACAAAACUCUGGGUGGCAAACAACGAAAAAACCAACUUGCCUCUGUUGCAGCAGAAGUUACUGGACUGAACUGCACUUUCACUAGCAUCUCACUAACCCAAUCUUAAGGGACUCUCAACACAGCCAGAUAGAACCUUUUCUGCAAACGGGCAAGACAGAGCAUCUCUCUGUUACGCUGUACUGAAUGCACACUUCCCUCCUAGCGUAUUGUGUGAAUACAGAAUGCAGAGACCCUCACCCCCAUAACAUGUACUGUAUAUCCUCUUGAGCAUGGACUCCUCUUCCUCCUUUUCCAUGGAUCUUAUUGUGGUUCCCCGCAUGGAGUUGUGUGAACUGUGUAUUGUAGCCCAUGUUUAUAUGUAAAUUCUAACAGAUGUUUUACAUCAAAUAAAAUGAUUCUCAACUGA